GCGAUGAACUGAUUGGUUUUAAUUGACCUUGCCCUUUUUUCCCCUUUGCUGUUCUUUUCAACAGAUAUACCAUGUCACGAAAAUUCUCGGUGGAAAAGAUUGGUUUGGUUUGGGACUGAGACUGGGUUAAUUCCCGGUCUUUGGCGUAACUAUGGUGUCUGGCGCCCUGCCGCUCGUCCAUGCGGUCUCUUCUUUUUCCUGUUGUCCUUUUUCAUUAUUGAUUUCAGUAUGGGAGGCGGCAUGUUCGUUGACUAUGCUUUUUUUUUUUUUGUUGGGCUCAAAACUUUAUUCCCCAUGUAGUUUUGUCCACAUUUUGUCGUCUUUGGUCCACCUUGUCGUUAUCAUCAUUCGCAGAUAUGUGGCGACCUUCAAGUACAGCCGUUUGCUCUUCUCUUAUUCACAUCGCCUUUGUGGCUUAGAGUCUUAGAUUACAAUGAGAUCAUGUCUAUAUCAACUGCUUUUGAAACUUGCGAGUAGAUUGAUUUUUUUACCAGUUCAAUCAUUAAACAUGUCGAUGUAUGCACAUCUCUUAUCCUAUUACAU